UUGUGGGUUUAUUCACAUUAUUGUCAAGUUUUGCAGUUUAUGGUUAAUACUUCCUUAUGGUUGGUCUUGUAAUAAUUGAAUUACGUGGUCAGAAAAACUUUGCGUGAACUCUGGGGUGGUGUAAUUGAGCUGAAGUCAGGGUUGGGUAGCUGGGCUGGAUAGCUAACCCUUUACCAGAAAAGAGCUGGCCGAAUCUCCUCGCUAGCUACAGCUGCUACGUCAUUACGCUAGUUGGAUUGUCUAAAAAAAGUGUUUGGACUGAAACAGCAUGCUGACAGUAAUAAAGUAGGAUAGUAAUCACGUGGAAAUACCACCCCCCAAAAAGUAACCAAGAAGUCCAAAUAAUCUGGAGUGCACUGAAUUGUUAGUGAAAUCACGAGAAGUUAGCUUGCUAUCUAGCUAGCCUAGUUGGUUAGCUGAAGCUAACGGGCUCCUGUUUCUGAAUUCCCAAACUAAUGAAUAGCCAGGUAGCCAAAUAAUGGCUACAGUAUCGUAUCUACCCUGGUCUUGCUUUCCCGUAUAUUGUUGUCUGAUUGUGUGUUCAGAAAAUGUCAGAGUUGUGUUAACUUGCUGAGUUCAUUCUCAGCUUCGGUUUUUCGAUGCAGUAUGACACAUACUGGUUAUAGCUGACGUUAGCACAACGAAAUAUAUGCUGCUGAAUGUUGAUACAAGCCAGAACAGAUAACUGAGGAUUAGUUUUAUUUGACGUCGCUCCAUGGACCAGGACAAUAAUUCAGAGGAGGAAUCUGUUGGUAUAUCAGAGGAUGACGCACAGCAUCGCUAUUCACUUGAACUCUCGGACAUGGAGGCGGUUGAAGUGUUGUGGAAGAUGCGGGCUCAGAGGAGGCAGACCAACCCUGACCUCCCUGACACUGUGACUCGGCUCAUUACACCAGAGGGCAGUGUGGUCUAUCUGGUGGGCACGGCUCACUUCAGCGACAGCAGCAAGAAAGAUGUAACUACGACAAUCCGUGCAGUGCAGCCAGAUGUGGUGGUGGUGGAGCUGUGCCAGUACAGAGUGUCCAUGCUAAAGAUGGAUGAAAAAACGCUGCUCAAGGAGGCCAAGGACAUCAACCUGGAGAAGGUCCAGCAGGCCAUCAAACAGAAUGGCGUGAUGUCGGGCCUCAUGCAGAUCCUGCUGCUAAAAGUCUCCGCUCACAUCACUGAGCAGCUGGGUAUGGCGCCUGGAGGAGAGUUUAGAGAAGCCUUCAAAGAGGCAGGUAAAGUCCCUUUCUGUAAGUUUCACCUCGGGGACAGGCCAAUCCCUGUGACGUUCAAACGUGCCAUUGCUGCUUUGAGCUUGUGGCAGAAAGCACGGCUUGCCUGGGGCUUGUGCUUCCUGUCUGACCCUAUCAGUAAGGAGGACGUAGAAAAGUGCAAACAGAAGGAUCUGCUGGAACAGACGAUGUCAGAGAUGAUUGGCGAAUUUCCCGCAUUGCACCGCACCAUUGUUGCAGAGCGAGACAUCUACCUCACCCACACGCUCAGACAGGCGGCUCGCUGUGUUGAGGCGCCACCUAAUGGCCAGAAAGUGCCUGCUGUGGUGGUGGGAGUAGUUGGAAUGGGCCAUGUUCCUGGAAUUGAGAAAAACUGGGAUGAAGAGCUUAAUAUUCACGAGAUCAUGAGUGUGGUGCCACCAUCGCGAUUUGGCUGGGUGUUGCGUACUGUGAUGAAAGGGGCCUUGCUUGGUGUUCUGGGAUAUGCCUGUUACCGUGCCGGAGGGUGUGUGGGGAGGGCGUUUCUCUCCCUACCUGCUGUCCAAACGCUGGAGAAUAUACGACCGCCUCCUGCCUGACCUAGAUAUUCAACAAAGACUUAAAUAAACAGUAUAUAACGCAAAACACCAUUUGCCUUAAGAUGAGAGAUGAGGCGGCUAAGAGGGUAUGAUAUGGCUCAUACUCUCUAAAACAUAAACUGGGAUUUUGGAACGGGGGAACUUGGAGCAGACCCAGUAAUCGCCCCUCUCUUAACAUUGUGCUCCUGCAAACAUGGAGCUGUACUGCCAAAAAAAAACUCGGACAGUACUUCCUGUUCCCUUUCACUAUUUUCCCAUUUUCUUACACUUUAAUACAAGACAGUACUGUUUCAGUAUAGCAUGUGUACUUCCUUUGGAUUUUGUUCUGACAUUUUAAAUGAUAAUGUGGAAGGACAAAAGUGUGAAAUUAUUGAAUGCCUUGGAGUUUAUCUACAUGUCUCAAUUUAGGUAGCAGAGCCAUAGAUAUGCAACAUAAAAUCCCAAUGUUCUAUAGUUUAGUUGAGAUUGCUGUCAGUGCUAAAGUAAACUCAUAAUUGAUGAAAUUUUCCAAUUCUACCAUUGCAUAAUUAAUCAUUUAAUAAUUUUAUAGAGUACAAAGUAAAAGUAAAUACACGUUUCAUAUUGUAAGAGGAUUGUACCAAAGCAUGCUUUGCUUUUAAAAAAAAAAAAAAAAAAAAAGGUUUGAAGGUUUAUCGUGAACUGAGAGAAGAUUCCAGUGUUUGCACAUCUGCUGUAAAUGCUGUUUCUUUAACUGUAGGAUAAUUUUUUUUUCUGGGGGAACAUCAUUUCCUAAAGGUUACACAAAUAACUGUCACAGACACAGUAAUCACAAUUCUGAGAACUAGCCCUUUUUAUACUUGAUAUAUUUCUAUUUCCAUGGGAAAAUUCAUCUUGCAGUGGCGAUAAAGAAUGCCAAAAUUAAUGGAGAACUAUAGUCUCACAAGUUAGACCUCUAUGAUCAGAGCGUCUGAGACUACUGAAGCACCACUUCAGCGGUACCUGUAGUACUCUUUAGAGUGUGGGGUUAAACAAAAGCGAAGCAUGCAAGAAGCAUGUUCUAGCUCGAGAUGAAGCUAUGUCCAGGUCAUCUGACAAGUGCCUCCCAUAAUGUUACUUGAAAAAGGGCUAACAAACACAAGCUGACCAGAUCGAUUUGAUCACAUUCCAUCAAAUCACAAAGAAAUGUGUGGUAUUUGCUCUUAAAUGAUCUGUUUAAUGGAUAGUCCUGAUUGUAGUCCUCUGCUUGAGCCUUUUGUAUUGUUUUAAUAACACUUGAUUUGCAGGCUAAACGUUUGACCAAUAACCAAUAUGAUCAGUCAUGUCAUGCCAUCAUGUGUAAAUAUUCACCCCCCUUGAACUUUUCCAGAUUUUGGAACCAACCAAAAACUGAAAUGAGCUUGGUUGGGAUUUUUACAAUUUGAUUUGCGCAAUUUGGUCAUCUGUCAAUUCCCACUCACCAGCCAGCUCCAUCACACAACAGAAGGUGAAGUGAACACGUGCUUCCUCCGAAACACGUGAAGCCAGCCAAUGCAUAUUUUCAAACUGCUGCUCAUGCUGCAUCACAGGGCAGUGUAACACACGCAGAGGAAAGCGCUAUCUGCCCCCUUCCGCAUACAUCACAGGUGCCCAUGAUUGGCUAGUGUCACUUUGAUUGACAAGGGGGAGAGGGCAUGGCCAAUUUUGCUCUGUUGGCUUCCGGCCAUGGAUGGCUAUAUCGACGGCAGGAUUUAAACUCGCAAUCUCCCGAUGAUGAAACAAAUGCAGUUUGUUGAGUUCAACGGGGGUGAAUACCUAUGCAAGGCACUGAAUGGUAGAAAAAAAAAAUGACACAAUUAAAUGUCUUCUCCUUCAUCUAACUUUUAAAAUACCUUCAAACUUCACUGUAAUUAUAUCAUUCUCUGCCUUUUUUAAAUGUACUUUUGUAUCAUUCAUACAGCAGUAUUAGAAAAUAAUAUUUUUAAAAACAAUAUUACUCACAAAUGUGCUUAAAGUUAACUUUUUAUUUUAUUUUACUUUAUGGUUUUAUUUGACUUAAAAUGCCCCCCCCCCCAAAUUAGUACUUGAAACUAAUUUGAAUCCCUUUUAGAGAGGUAAAUAAUGUGCAGCAAAUGUCUGUGGUUUAAUGUGUCCCUUUCUAUUCAUUACCAGUGUUCACUGUAUUAUAUGAGUGGAUAGUAACAGGGAGAUGAGUUGUUGCAUUUUGUUAAUAAGCCCAAUGCCCAACCAAAACAACAGAACAGGACUUUGACUAAAUCCCCCAAUAAAACACACUUUGUACUAUGGGC